UCCCAUAGAUGCAGAAAAACGUUUGGGCCAAGCGUCCUUUGAAAGCCAAUCGACUUCCUGUCAAAACUUUGAAGCCCGGUAAAGCGCUCAGUAAAACGCACAUCAGAGGUGAAUUGUUUGAAGACUAUGGGAUGUGGAAGUUCCGGACAAAAUACAAUGUUGACAGAAUCAGAGAAAAUGUCUUUUUAUAUGCCACAGCCUUUAAAGCUGCUAUCCUGAUCCAGAGAUGGUACCGACGUCAUAUGGCCCGGCUCGAAGUGCGCCGGAGAUGCACGUGGCGCAUUUUUCAAUCCAUAGAAUAUUCAGGAGAACAGGAUCAUCUCAAGCUCAACCAUUUCUUUGACUACCUUGUGGACCAUUUCAUGUCAAGCAACAGUAAUGAGAGGGAUUUCAUUAACCGCGUUUUCUCCGAAAGUGAUAUCCCUAAAGAUCCCAAAUUGGAUAAAGCCUGCAACUAUGAAUUGAUCCAGGUGCCAGACAACUAUGCAGGGCCCCAUCUUACCUUCCCUCUCUCGCCGGACCAUGCCUCUGCCUUACUGGAAGCGUUCAAACAAGACAAACAGCUCCACGCACGUUAUGUCCUAAAACUCUUUCACGAAACCCUGAAGCAUCUCUCGCAGCUGCCAAAUAUCAGCAACAUCUCAACCUGCUACAGCGAGAUCACCGUGUGCGGAGAUUUGCACGGCCAGUUGAACGACUUGUUUCUGAUAUUUUACAAGAAUGGCCUUCCAUCUCCGGCGAAGAGAUAUGUGUUCAACGGUGACUUCGUGGACCGGGGCAAAAAGUCCAUUGAGAUCUUGAUCAUUCUUUUUGCCUUCCUCUUGAUUUACCCAAAGGAGGUCCACCUGAACCGAGGAAACCACGAGGACUACAUGAUCAACUUACGCUAUGGGUUCACCAAGGAGGUAAUGCGCAAAUACAAGGAACAUGGGAAUAAAAUACUGAAACUGCUCCGGCAUGUCUUCAGCAGCUUGCCGCUGGCCACCCUGAUCGACCAGAAGGUUUUAGUGGUACACGGAGGGAUAUCAGACACCACUGACUUGGAGCAGCUGGCCAGGAUCGACAGGCGUAAGAUCUUCUCUUUGUUAACCCAGAAGAGGAAAAGCGAGAAAAUCCUACGCCUCAGUGGAGCUACCUCAGCCAGUGUCUCUGAAGUUUCACAGCAGUCCAAUAUUUCCAAGCGAGUGCAGCAGACAGUGCACGAAGAACUGCAGUCGUGCCGAAGGCUGGCAGGCCUGGCGGAGCCCAGAGGGUUGGACGCUUCUGCCGGCACCCCCUUGGCCUCCAUGUCGGAGCUGGAUGUGAAAUCCUUUGAGUCUGUUGAAAUGGAAGAAAGUGAGGUCAAGCAGGUUAUCGAUAUCCUGUGGAGCGAUCCCCACCCUCAUGAGGGCUGCCAGGUGAACGAAGAGCGAGGAGGGGGCUGCUACUUUGGCCCUGAUGUGACGGAGCGGGUUCUGCAGAAGCACGGCCUCCAGCUCCUCAUCCGCUCUCACGAGUGUAAGCCGGAGGGUUACGAGUUCUGCCACAACCGAAAGGUCAUCACCAUAUUUUCGGCUUCCAACUACUACGCCGUUGGCAGCAACAGAGGGGCCUACCUGAAACUGGGGGCAGACCUGAUCCCUCACUUUGUGCAAUAUCAAGGCAGCAAGCUGACGUCUCAGCUGAACAUGACCCAAAGGAUCAGCCGAGUGGAGGAGACGGCCUACCAAGCUCUGAGGGAGAAAAUGUUCGCCCACAGGUCAGAAAUCGCCAGUGCUUUCAAGCAUUUGGAUAAGAACAAGACAGGUGUGAUCACGUUGAACGACUGGGCCAUCGCUGUCGAGUCGGUCCUCCACUUAGGGCUGCCUUGGAGGAUGUUGCGUCGACAGCUGGUGCCCCGCCUCAUCGGUGGGAAGCUGGACUAUAACCAUUGGCUGAAACACAUUGCGAUGGAGCAGAAGUCCACGCACCAGGAGCGCAUCCAGUCGAGUUUGCUGGAGACCAUCUACCGAAACCUGCCCAACCUAGAGACUGUCUUCAACAUCAUAGACACGGACCAUUCAGGAUUGAUCUCUUUCGAAGAGUUCCGCCAGAUCUGGAAGCUUUUCAGCGCCCACAUGCAAAUCGAGAUCUCGGAGAGCGGCAUCUGCGACUUGGCCCGCAGCAUCGACUUCAACAAAGACGGGAACAUCGACUUCAACGAGUUCCUCGAAGCCUUCCGCAUCUCCACGCACACUCAGAAUGCCGACUAAGGCCGUGGCGGCGAGGCCAACCGGCUCAAAAGAAGUCACCUCCAGGACGUCUUCUUCACCAGACUAAUCUUUUUUUUUUUUUUUAAACCCAAGUAUGUGCCUCUGACCUGGAUGAAAAGACCAAGCUGGUCGCUGCGAAACACAAGGCAAUGGGUGGCCGACCGCUGGCAAUACUAUCCCGACCUGGUCUCUUGGCACCUAUUUUUCCGACUGUCAGCUCUCAAGGCAAGGAAGUUAGCAUCGCUUCUUUGUAAACCUAAUCCAAGGGCUUGGGCGUUGGGGGCUGCGUUCCCUUUUAACGGCUCCUUCAGUUUUCAAAAGUGUUGAAGAAUAAAUCCAGAUUUAUGAAA